AAAAAAAAAACAAAAUAUUUAAACAUAGUGUAAGAGGGGCAAAGCAAAAAAUCAUUUCAACUACAAAAUAUGGAAGAUUCAAAGGAAAAUAUUUGAAAUAAUAAUAUUGAGAAAUUUGAAUUAAGAAUUAAUAUUAUUCAAAGAAGCGGCAGUUUGCUUGUGUAUGCGUGCGUGUAUGUGAGUGUGCGUGUGCCCCAAUGUGUGUGUGUGUGUGCUGUGUGUUUGAGUAAACAAAAUCAGAGAGAUCUGCGCGAACAGCAACCAAACCCACACACAGAGCUUAAGACAUAAAAAAAAACAAAAAAAUCAAAUCGACAGAAAAAGCUAAAUUCAGUUGAAGACAAGUUUAAUCGUACCCCUGACCAGCGGCUGAAGACUUAUUUCACUCUGGAUCAGCCGCAGGAGAUGGAUAUUGAUGUGCCCACAGUGCACCCAAGCGAGUAUCACCAUCACCACCACCACCACCAGCCCAGCAAUAAUUCCUCUGCUUUAUCAUCAUCCGCUGCCAACGUCUAUCACUCGGAAUCAUCAAUGAACUUUGAUUAUUUGCAAGGACUUCAGGCCGGAUCCCAUCUUGCCUCAAGCUCAUCCUCCGCAGUCGGUGGCGGUAACGGUGGCGGUGUCAGUGCGAACAGCUCAUAUGGACUCGUCGACGACAGUAGAGCCAUGGACAGACCUUUUAAUGCCAACGAAAGAUUCGUUAGUAUUAUGGAUCAAUUGGAUGCGCGAGUCGAAAGGUUUCGUAAAGACGCAUUGAAUUUACAGGAGAAGAAAGACUACCUCUUAAUGUCCAUGGAUCUCAUCAAAAGCAAUGAAAUGCUACAGAACAUGAGUGAAGCCGAGCGGGAGGAGAUCAUGUUGUACAUUCAACGGGUUAGUUUACGAUUGGGCACUGUGGAGCUAAAUGUGCGCACUGUGCGUGACAAUUCCCAGGAGGAUUCCCUUAGUCAGAUAAACGCUUUAAUCGAUACAAUGAUCAAAAUGGGCGACCCCGUGAUUGCUCGACAACGAUGCCAAUUAUAUUUAAACGCGUGCUGUAGCAGCACUAUGGAUCCAUUUGGACACAUGGACGCCGUUCCCGAAUCAGAUUUGGGACCGAUUGACAAGAAAUUCGAGAGUGCUUUGCUGGGUUGCACACUGGAUGAUCAAAAAAACAUAAAGAAACGAUUACAGGCAUUAAUGGGAUAUCUGAAUAAGCAAACUGUUAACAACUAAUUUCUGAUACACUAGUUUUCAAAAUUUCAUGUCAUCGUGCAAACCUUAAAAAUGAAGACUACUCUACAGUAAUUUGAGGUUGGAAAACACGAAAAUGUUAUCCGUUUCGAGACUUUGGAAAAAUACCGGGUCUUAGGCUUUGCUUUAUGAAUAUUUCCUUGUAAAUGUCUCGUUAACCAAUCUGUCUACCACUAUUUUUAUCAUCUUUGAUCAAGAAAUUAAAGCGAUUGAAGUGUCAACGUAGGAAAAACGAAAUAUUUCCGCAUAUCUGUAGCAAGUGCCUAAAUACUUAGGUUAACCAAAGAGAAACAUAUGUUUUGUUGCGUUAUUCCACCUCAAGUUACUGUUGAACUUUUAUUUUUUGAAUGUGUAAACUAGUGCAAAUUAUUUAGAAUUAAUUUUUUUUUGUGUCCGAGUUGAACCAAAACCAACGUUAUGCGAUGUACCCUAACAUACUUGAAGAGCAUUAUUAAACCAAAAACAAAAGCUAAAA